AUGAAGACGGCCAGGUGCUUCACGGUGACGCUCUAUGACCGGGAUAACUCUGAGUUCACUGUAGCAGAGACCACUCCGACUGGUUCUUUCUCCUUGGGUACUUACAGAGUAUCCCUUGCCUCUCGGACAUGUGACUGCGGGUACUUCCAGGCUCUUCAUUUCCCGUGUCAGCACGCACUUGCAUGCUGUGCAUACUCACGGGUCACCUGGACCUCUUACGUUCACAGCGUCUAUCAGAUUAGCUCCGUGUUCAGUGUGUAUCGGAUGGGAUUCACACCUCCGAUCCCGGAGGGCUUCUGGCCACCUUACGACGGACCCACGGUGAUUCCAGACCCUGACAAGAGGCAUGCCAGAGAGGGUCGUCCUAGAUCCACUAGGAUACGGACGAAUAUGGACCAGGCGGAUCCGAAUCGGCCAAAGAGGUGCGGCCUAUGUCGCCAACCCGGACACACACGACGUAGUUGCCCACAGGUUGCAGGCUCGUCUCAGACAGGACACCAUUAG